ACCAGCGAUGAGGUUCUUCUUAAUCGAAAAACCGCCCGGUGUGCCGCACAUUGCACUGAAGCUCCUAAGACUGGUUGGAGUUUCACAGACGCAAAGCGAAAGAUAUCGAUACGUGCCGAUGUUUGUGCUAUUUUUACUUACAAUAGCUAUACCGAAGAUUGCGUUUGGAUAUCCCAACUUUGAGACAUCUAUCAUCGGUUUGGCUGAGCUGUUCUUUCAAACGAAUCGUUUCGUUGGGGUAUUAUUGUUAGUGCUCUAUAGUGAUUCGAUUUUUGAGCUUGUGCGACAGUCAGAAUUCUUCGCGAAGAAAGUUCUUAGCGAAACGUCUCCAGUUGCUGAAUAUCUUACCAAGAUGGACACCCAAGUCACCAAAAUCACUAAACUGUACCUUACCGCCCUUCUGGUACCGGCUAACUUCUACAGCUACUCCCCAAUUGUUGCGACCCUUUGGAAGUAUUACAACACAUACGAAAACGACACCGUCCCGGAGUUUACCCUACACAUGGAGGAAAGCUUCUACAGACUAAAUGUUCGGGAAAAGCUGGACCACUACCUGAUCUUUGGUGCCAUCAUGGUGCCAAUUUCGUUUCUUUGUGCUCUCGUCGGAACAGCCAAACUUGUGUCGAUUCUGAGCCUCAUCAAGUACUGCACCAUCUACUUCCAGCUGGUUAAGGUUAAACUAGAAGAGGUUGGCCGUUCUCAAAAUUAUGCUAGUGAUAUAAGAUCCGCUAUUCAAAUGCAUCAAAGUGCGCUCAGCUGUGCCGAUUUGCUACAUGAUAUCACCGCUCCCAUCAUGCUACUGCAGCUAGUGCUUUGUAUAAUGGUGUGGAGUUCAAUGCUGCUGUACUUCACCGUGGCGGGAUUUAACACACAGUUUAUUAGUCUGUUUAUAUUGUUCAUGUUCGACACAACCGAAACGUUUGGAUAUUGCUACUUGGGUAAUCAACUUUCUGACGAGAGUGCUCGUGUCGCCAGUGUUGUGUACGACUGCAGAUGGGAAGGUAUGCCUCCAGCUUUACGCAAAGACCUGCAGCUCAUAAUGCUACGUGCUCAACGGUCUGUUGGUAUUACUGCUGGCAAGUUUUGUUUUAUGAAUAUGGAACAGUUUGGUGAGGUCGUCAAGACAACGUAUUCAUUUUUCGUUGUCUUGAGGGAUCAAUUUUAAAAGCAAUAUUAAUAUUUAAUGCAAAGCAACCAUAAAUUAGAAAAGCUAAGUAAGAUAUUGAUAUACCCGAUGCCUUGUUAAUUACUAGUUCUAGUGUUAAU